AUGAAACAAUCUUCACCAUCAGAUUCUAUAUCAUCAUUAUAUAAUGAAUAUGAAGAAUUAUUACUUAAACAAAUUCUAAUUCAAUUUCAUGUUGAUCAAGAAUGGUUUCCAAUAAUAUUAAAUAUAUGUCGAACAUUAGCAAACAUAGUUCGUGUAACAUCUAUAAAUAAUGAUUCAACACCAAAUAAUGA